AUGCUAAUCUCAUCAGUGGCGAAGGAUGGCUAUGGGAAAGACAUCUGGACCCUCCCCUUUGACAGCAUUACGCGCAUUCUGAAGUUCACCUGGCUCCUACAGCUGCUCUACAUCCCGGCACUCGCCGCAACCAAAAUGGCCUUCCUAUGUCUAUAUCUCCGCAUCUUCCCAAGUACAGGCAUCAGACGAGUCACAUGGGUCCUUGUAACCAUCAACGUCCUGUAUCUUUUAACCUAUGGUUUUGGAACCGCGUUUAACUGUCUCCCAGUGUCGUAUAUCUGGACAAAAUGGCACGGGGAAACAGAAGGAUCGUGUCUCAAUUUCAAUGCCUUUGGCAUCGCGAAUGCGACAACCAAUAUCGCGCUCGAUCUGGCAGUCAUCGGGCUUCCGCUGCACAAGAUAGCCGGUCUGUCUGUAAGCUUGUCGAAGAAGAUUAUGCUCUUGGCUAUGUUUGCGCUAGGAUUCUUUGUAACCAUCGUCAGUAUCCUCCGAUUCAGGGUCGUGAUCACCUACGCAACGACCACAAAUGCCACAUGUAUCUCCCUAUAUCCCCACCAGCCAAACUCACUUCAUCUAACCUUCUAUCCCGCAGACGACACAGUUGCCACCUCCUACUGGUCUAUAAUCGAAUGCUUCAGCGGCAUAGUCUGCAUCAACCUACCUUCCGCCCGCCGGUUCUAUCGUAAAGUCACCCACUUCUGUUUCGGCACCUCUCAGACGGGGCAGGAAGAGGGCUACCAGAACGUCACACUGGGUUGCUCGUCCGCGUCUAAGAAAAGGAAGCUGCCCAUAGAACUAUCGAUUUUAAAAACGACAGAGACUACAGUCCGGCACGACCAGAUGGACGUGGAGAUGGAGUCUUUGGUGGUGGUUUCCAGGUCCCGGUAG